AUGCAAGCAGGUUCAGAAAGGAAAUCUAAGCGUGCUAAUGUCACCGGAAAGAUUACUUGUCCGCAUAUAAAUCUCUAUUUAAAUCAAGAGUCACCAACCGCAAAGAUUGAUUCGUCGGCUUUCAAGAGACAAGUCGUCAACUAUACGCUCCUAUGUGAUUCGUGCGAUAUGAAAAUGCCGAGAGUAUGGGUGUGCUUACAUAGUCGAUGUCGUGCGACCGUUUGUAGUGGAAAUACAACGAGUCAUAUGUGUACACAUUUUGAAGCAAAGCAUAGGGAAGAUAAAGGAAAUCGUUGUCAUUCGAUAUACGUCAAUCCACGUACGUUGACUUUUUGGUGUUAUGGCUGUGCCAUAGAAUUGAAUCCUUUUGACAAAGAUGAUGCCUUGUCACAAGACGCACGUUAUUAUCUGAAGACUAUUGUGAGAUGUCUGCAAGUCAAACGAAACAAAGUACAACAACAGUUCAACGAUGUUCCUGGUCUGGUCGGCCUAAAGAAUCUGGGCAACACCUGCUAUGCAAGUGCAGCUCUUCAAUGCCUUUCCAACACUCCAGCAUUAUCGGAUUUUUUUAAUUAUUGUGAUAAGUACAUUCCACGAAAUGCCAACCCCAAUAGGUAUCCUAAGUACAAGCUGGCUGAAAAAUUUCAUGAAUUUAUGAAAGCCAUGUGGAAUGGUAGCAGUCCUAUUUACGCCCCGGUUCAGUUGAUCGGAGAGAUAAAAAAAUACAACGAAGUCUUUCGAGAUUAUUCGCAGCAGGAUUCUGUGGAAUUUCUCCGUGUUGUUUUGGAUAGACUUCACGAGGAACUUCCAUAUCCGUCGCAAGAUUUAGCGAAUAACAGUAGUGGUGCAGUGAGGGCCAAUAGUAUAGUUAGCAGUAGUUUCACGAAUGAUGAUAGUUCAUCUACGACGAGUGUUAGUCAUGAUUCGAAUGGAUUUAGAACAUCUUCCGUCUCUUCAUUGAUCACAGUAUCUGAGAAACAUGAGAGAAAAAAUUCUUUGCCGAUCAGUGUAAUUAAAAAUUCUUCAAACUUUUGUGGAGUCGCACUGAUUAAUGUUUGGAUUGAAUCUCAGGAAUUUUCAAAAGAAGAUCAUUUCUAUGAUCUUCCAAUUCAGAUUGAUAAAAAGUUUCGUGUAAAAUCAUCAGACAGCGGUUCCAGUGAUUCUGUCGUUAAUUCUGUAGUGGGAUUUGUUGGAGGGAUAUUAGGAAUUAGUGGGAAAACGUUAAAAUUGCAAGACUGUCUAGCCGCAUUUUGCGCUACCGAGGAUCUUACGGGAGGAGACAAGUACAGAUGUGAUAGAUGCAAGAAGUUAAGCGAUUGUAAAAAAACCUUGAGAAUAAUUCGAUUACCUGAGAUAUUAUGCAUUCAACUCAAGAGGUUCCGAUAUAAUUCCUAUAUUUCGAAGAUUGGAACACACGUGCAGUUCCCGAUGGAGGAUUUAGACAUGAGACCUUACUGCAAGGAAUCAUUGUCAAAAAAUAUGGAUGAAGAAAGUGCGAAAUACAAUUUGUACGGGUUUAUACAUCACCGUGGCGGAUCAGGAAGUGGGCAUUAUAUUGCUUAUGCCAAGAACCCAACUGAUGAAAAUUGGUAUGAAUACGACGACACGUAUGUUACUAAAAAGUCAAUAGCCGAAAUAUCUCGACUAGAGGCAUAUGUAUUAUUCUACCAACGAACUAGUCCCAAAAAGGAGGACGAGAGGAGAGAGAUUCUCGAUAAAAUUAAUAAGGAUUCGUCGUCCACAGAAGCCCAUUUCUGGAUUUCCCGAUUGUGGUUUAACAGGUGGCGAUUUAUGAUGACGCCCGGUCCUAUAAGCAACUAUGAUUUCAUUUGUUCUCAUGGAAGCAUAAAUAAUAAGAAUUGUAAUAAAAUCUGUGACAUGGUGGUCAAAGUUCCAUUCGGAGUGUACAAAACUUUAUCCGAGAAAUAUGGUACAGACGGGAGUCCACCCUUUCUUGCGAGCAGUAAUGGCACCCCGGCUUGCAUGAUCUGUCAGCAAGAUGAAAUGCUAUUGGAGCAUCGAAGGCGUAAGGAGAAAAUUGAUAUUGAUAGACUGAAUUCCAAAGACAUAGGUCGUGAAGAACCUUGGUAUAUGAUAAGCACGACCUGGUUAAAGUGUUGGCACAUUUUCAUAGCCGGAGGACUGUUGCCUGGGUCAAUCGACAAUACCAUCUUUCUCAGAGAAGAUGGGAAACCCAGAUCUGGCAUGAGAAGAGGAAUUCAUUACAGCGCUGUAAAUGUGAAAGUUUGGACGUACUUUGAACAUUCUUACGGAGGUGGACCAAUAGUCGUCAGAGCUUUCCCUGAUUUAUAUUCUCCACCGCCUUCUAAUUCCUAA